CUCAGUGUUUAGGUAGCAUGUCUGGACGUGGUAAAGGCGGAAAGGGCCUUGGAAAGGGGGGCGCUAAGCGUCACCGCAAGGUUUUGCGCGACAAUAUCCAGGGCAUCACAAAGCCGGCCAUUCGCCGCCUGGCCCGCCGUGGAGGAGUCAAGCGCAUCUCUGGCCUUAUCUACGAGGAGACUCGCGGGGUGCUGAAGGUGUUUCUGGAGAACGUGAUCCGGGACGCGGUCACCUACACCGAGCACGCCAAGCGCAAGACUGUCACCGCAAUGGACGUGGUGUACGCGCUCAAGCGUCAGGGCCGCACUCUUUACGGAUUUGGUGGUUAAGUUUGCGCUUUGUGAGGCUCUUGUAGUAAAGCUAAAGGCCCUUUUCAGGGCCACCUACUUUGUCUAUGAAAGAGCUUGCAUUUGGGUGUUCUGUAGGUUAGCCUGAUACAGUACAGAUGGUAAAUUACACAUAAAUAAUACUUUUGGCCUUUGGUGUUUGUAUUACUACUUUAAUUCCUACUGUAUUUUCUAGUUAUUGUUCACCUGGGACCAAUAGGUGUCUAGUGACUGAAUAAUGGUCCUCCAGCUGGUAAGUGAAGGUUCAUGGGUUCUUUAAGUAGAAAAAAUUGGGGGCUCUUUCAAACACCGUUAGAUGGUAGCUGUUAUGUUAUUUCUGUAAUAAAUUACACUGAUGAAAAUAACAGUAAAGGAAUUUUAGGGUAGGUAAUGGUAGAAAAAGAAGGGUUAAUUUCACAAUGCAGAUUGCUCUACUUAAAGUAUAUCUCUGUCAUAAUGCUAUUUUUCUCUGGUACAUUGGAGUUUGAUUCUGUGCGUUUAGGACAAAAAUGAAAGGUGCCUUUUUGCACCUGUUUUUCAAGUCCUUUUA